GCGGCACGACGGAAGUGACGAGCCGGAAGUAGGGAGGAGAGCGCGAGUGUGGCCUAGCGAUGGCGGCAGGUCCGAUCUCUGAGCGGAACCAGGACGCCACGGUAUACGUCGGGGGUCUGGAUGAGAAGGUGAGCGAGCCGCUGCUAUGGGAGCUCUUCUUACAAGCCGGACCGGUCGUGAACACGCACAUGCCCAAGGACCGGGUGACGGGGCAGCACCAGGGCUAUGGCUUUGUGGAGUUCCUUAGCGAAGAAGACGCCGACUACGCCAUCAAAAUCAUGAACAUGAUCAAACUGUACGGGAAGCCCAUCCGCGUCAACAAAGCCUCGGCGCACAACAAGAACCUGGACGUCGGGGCCAACAUAUUCAUCGGCAACCUGGACCCCGAGAUUGACGAGAAGCUUUUAUACGACACCUUCAGCGCUUUUGGGGUCAUCCUGCAAACCCCCAAGAUCAUGAGGGACCCAGACACCGGGAACUCCAAAGGAUAUGCCUUCAUCAACUUUGCCAGCUUUGAUGCCUCUGAUGCCGCCAUCGAGGCCAUGAACGGACAAUAUUUAUGUAACCGGCCGAUCACCGUCUCCUAUGCCUUUAAGAAGGACUCCAAGGGUGAGAGGCACGGCUCGGCGGCGGAGAGGCUGCUGGCCGCACAGAACCCGCUGUCACAGGCGGACAGGCCUCACCAGCUUUUCGCAGAUGCUCCUCCACCCCCUUCAGUCCCUGCUGUCAUCACCUCGCUGACGUCCGCUGUUGCUGCAGGUAUGCCUGCGUUUCCUCCGGGCCCUCCACCUGGAGCGCUACCCCCAGGAAUCCCCCCGUCCAUGCCUCCUCCACCAAUGUCUCCAGUCACAGGCGCUGGUCAAGCUGCCGCAGCUGCUGGUCACCCGCAAGUGCCGCUACCUUUCCAGGCUGGAGCUCUGCACCCCGGUUUGCAGAUGCAAGUUCCACAUCACGCUCUAGGACCCUCACCGAGCCAGAUGGGAGCACGUCCCCAUGGCAUGGCCCAUCCAGGUCCUCCUCCCAUGGGCAUGCCACCAAGAGGUCCACCUUUUGGAGCUAUGGGACACCCAGGAAUGCCUCCUGGUAUGCGACCACCUCCUCUAAUGCCACCACAUGGAUACAACGGCCCACCCAGGCCUCCACCCUACGGUUAUCAGCGAGGUCCUCUUCCACCACCUCGGCCUGCUCCCCCGCGUCCACCCAUGAGGCCGCCGAUGCCGCAGUAGAGAAUGAAUGUGAACUGCCGCCAUACUGUACCAUGACAGGACAUCAGUGCAGUCAGACAGUAAAGCUGCGGCCCCCUCCUGUAGACAGACUCGAGGGGCUGUUGGCCACCACCAUAUCUCCAAUGCCAACACAUUCCGCCUGUGGGAACACGGGUAAAUCCUACGUUCAUUUACUUACGGUCCAUCUUGAAAGAAGUGACUACAGACAAAUCCUGUAUAAAGUUGAGAAAUUUAAUUUUUUUUUAUUUGAUUUUGUUAACGCUUCUUUGUAAAUGGUAGAUUGUAAUAAAUGAGCAGAACCUCGGUCUUAUACUGAGAUUUGGUUA